ACUUUUAUUAAUAAAAAAAUGUGACAUAUAUAUCUUUAUUAAAUGGUACCUGUCCAAUAACCUAUUGAGUACAACUUUCUCUCCUCUAAGUCUCUUCCUAUUUAUUCAAUUCCCUAUCAAGCUGCCAUUUUAUUUUUUUCAACUUGCUUGUCUAAGGGUCUCUCUUAACACUUUCUUCUCCUCACCCCACCAAACGUUCCUCCCUAGUUUCCACAUAGGUUUCUUUGGACAGAAAAAACUUUAACAUCUUUAAAAAAGAGUUUCUUCCAAAGCAAAUUUUGUGAGUUGAAGAUAAGAUUUUGAUUAACGUACACAUGGGAAGACACUCUUGCUGCUACAAGCAGAAAUUAAGGAAAGGACUUUGGUCUCCUGAGGAAGAUGAGAAGCUUUUGAAUUACAUUACCAAACAUGGUCAUGGAUGUUGGAGUUCAGUCCCCAAACUAGCAGGUUUGCAAAGGUGUGGGAAGAGUUGCAGGUUAAGAUGGAUAAAUUACUUGAGGCCUGAUUUGAAAAGAGGAGCAUUCUCACAACAAGAAGAGAAUUUGAUCAUUGAACUUCAUGCUGUACUUGGUAACAGAUGGUCUCAGAUUGCAGCACAAUUACCAGGAAGAACUGACAAUGAGAUUAAAAAUCUAUGGAAUUCAUGUCUCAAGAAGAGGUUGAGACAAAGUGGCAUUGAUCCAAACACACACAAACCACUCUCUGAGGUUGAAAAUGACAAUGAAAAAUCACUCACAUCCAACAAAACCAAUCAAAAAGGUUCAGUUUCAUCCAAUGAAGUUAUGAGUUUGAUGAUUGAACCUACAAAACCUUCUAUAGAAGGAUACCCUCUAGAAGUUUCUACUACCUCAAAGAUCAACAACAGUAGUAGCAGCAGCCAUGAAUUAUUCCUGGAUACCAGGUUUGGUAGCAGUUCAAGUUAUUUUUCUUUCCAGAACUUGAACUAUGGAUCAAACAUAGGGAUUUCUGAAAAUCCAAAUGCAUCAUCUAUUUGUUUCACACCAACUUCAACUUCUUCACAAAUUAUGUCAGAUACAAAUUCUGUUAUAACUUCCAAUAUGCUCCAUUCUGUAUCACCCUCAAUUUUCUCAACUCCAACACAUGUUAAACCAACUGUUUCCGUUUCCUCGGUGGACGGAGUUCAUAACUGGGAAGCAAGUAGCUACAACAACAUUAACAACACAAACAACGGCGCUUUACCUUUACAAGAAGAAAUGAAAUGGUCUGAGUAUCUUAACACACCAUUUCUUAUGCAGAAUCAACCUUCUCCAUCAAUGUACACUGAAGCUAAACCAGAAACAGGUUUCAUAACAGAUGAAUCAUGUACUAGUUGGCAGCAGCAGCAACAACAAAAUUUUCAACUUUCUGAUAUAUAUAGCAAGGAUCUGCAGAGAUUUUCAGUGGCUUUUGGACAAAGUAUGUAGUCUGAAAGAGACAAAGAUGGUGAUGGAUAAAUUUCCUAUAUGAACUAUAUAGGUCAGAAGUUUCUUAUGUUUCUGACCACAGGUGUGUGCUGUAAAUUUCCCUUUUGAUAAAUCUUCCAUAUUGUAUAUGUGUCUGAUACCAAAAAAAAAAUAUUACUUUUCAGCAUUAUGUAACAGUAUAAUAAUUAUGAUUGAUUCUAUUCUAUCUUAUUCCAAAUCAUUUUUUCCCUCAAGCAUAGAGGCAAUACUUCUGAAUAAGGUUUGUUCCAAUUAGGCUUGAAAAAUAUAUGUAUUUUCAUGGGAGUUUUGUGUAUAUAUAGUUGAAUGCAUUUUUUUA